GAAAUGGCUUGUGUUUUAUUGAUAAAACUACAAUUUGCAAUCACAAUUUUAGUAUAGUCGAGACACACUUAGCGAAUGGUAUUGUUAUAUAAAAAUGUUUAAUGUUAUUUUUUUAUAUUAUAAAACAUUUUGUUAGUGGUGAAAGUGUUUUUAUGUGUGGUGUUGAUGAAGAAUUUUAUGUUUUAAAUUUGAACUAGUUUUCGGAUUGUACAACAGGCGUGAGGAGUGCGUCUGGCGGAGUGCGUGUGGAUCGGUGCGCCUGGGCGGGUGCGUCUGGUGCGUCUGGAAGGUCUGGGAAGGUCUGGUCGCCGGCGCGAUGGGAAGAUGGCUAAGCCUUGGCCUUUUGGCCCUCCUGACGAUCCAUGACCUCGUCGAUGGACAGGGCGCGGAGAAACGCCGCACCGGCAAUGUCUGUAACGUCGACAUGGACUGUCCUGACAACGCGUUCUGUCGGCAAGGAAGCUACUGCGUGUGUAAAGACGGCUUUGUGUAUGCCGCCGUCAACUCUACUCACAAGGGAUGUCUGAAAGAGGCCAGGAAUGGUGAAGAUUGUGUGCAGAACAUCCAGUGUCACUCGACGAUGGGAGUGCACUCGGAGUGCGCGAACGGAGUAUGCGCGUGCGUCGCCACUGCGCAUUUGGAUGAAGAGCGAUGUUACGAGACGGCUGUGGUCGGAGAACGCUGCGUGGUCCACCAGAACUGCUACCUGGGUGAGCAAGGCCCGGAGAAACAGGCGUUCUGCGUGCGCGGCUACUGUUCUUGCCAGCUACAGUUCAGCCCUAGAGACAAUGGGACCAGGUGUGUUCGAGAUGCUACCCUUGGCGAGGAGUGUGAAGACCAGCUACAGUGCGCCGCCGGCACGGGGCUGGAGUGCCGCGGCACCUGCCGGUGUAAAGAGAACUGGGUGGCACACAACGAUACCAAUACAUGUGUGCAAUCGGUGAAAGCUCUGGACGAGCCUUGCGAGUUUGACGUGCAAUGCAGCGGGCUAGCAGGUUCUGCAGACGCACGUUCUUCGGGCGCCGCGCUGUGUCUGGGCGGCGUCUGCUCCUGCGCUUAUAGCGCCCGCGCCGCCGGCUCACCGCCGCGCUGCUGGCAGCGUCGCCGCCCUGGACAGGACUGCACACGUGACGAGGAGUGCGUAUCGGAAGAGGACGAACCAGGCUACUGUCUGUCAGGGCGUUGUACUUGCAAGACGUGUUCGCCGGACGCCAGAGAUUUUGGUGGCGCGAACACUCUCCCGCGCCCGCCAUUUUACGCCGCCGCCAUCUUGUCGAUAACCGCCGCCAUUUUGAGUCACUGACGAAAAGGAAAAUAUUAGAAAUUGUUGAACGAGAAAGACAAAUAUUGAAAGAUUAGUUAUUGUUGGACAAAAAGUCAAGAUUUGGAAGCUUAAUUAUCUAAUGUUGUUGUUAUAAAUUGUCGGUGUGUUAAGUGAUGGAUAAUAUCGAAUACAGACAUAUAAAGCAACGAAAUACUGUAAAAUAGGUAACUUUUGAAGUAAGAAAAGGAAGUCCAAAGGUCACAGAAAUAAUUUAAAAGUAAUUUUUAUUAGACGUAAUUUCAAAAGAUACCUACUCGAUGAAUUUAAUAUUUGAUUUUAAAAUUCUACAAAGAAGACCGGAACGAAAAAUAUUUAAAGGCUCAUCGGAAAUUUAAAGAGUAUCUGUUUCUUUUCGAAUUAAUUUUUACUUACAAGUUUUCAGUUUUACAAUAAGAAAUAAUAUUUCACCUAAAAACUAGAUCAUAUUGUUUGAUGAAGCGGCGAAAAAUUGAAAACGCUCAGUACCUUUAAGCAAGUUCACAAUGAGAUUUUAUAACACAAACUACUUAAAUAUUUUUACAUAGCAAUAAAUAAAAUAAUAUUUUUGUUAGUUUAGUUAUACAUCAAAACUAACUAAACAAAAUCAAAGUUAGAUAGUUUUAUAUGCACUUAGAUAAGUAAGUUGUUACUUGGUUGUUAGUUUUCAAAGUUUAUCGUAAGUUGUAAAUAAUGUUACUUAAUUGUUGUUACCUAUUGUAAAAUUUAACAUACAAACGUUAUUUUAUAUAAUGAAUUACAUAUUUCCUUCCCAGAUGUGGAUACAGUAUUUUCCGAGUGCAAUUAUUUCACUAAUUUAAAUUAUUAUUAACUUUAUGUAUGUAAGGAAACCAGUAUGUGAAUGGGUAGUAUGAUACCAAAGAAGUGUACACAACCACGAAAAUAUUAUGUACAUAAAUAAUUAUAUUUAUUUAAUAACGAAUUUGGCUAUUUUAUUCG